CUUUCUCUCUGCCGCUUCCCUCUCUCGGCCAGGCCUACGUACUGCUUCCUUGGACUCCUACUAUCAACAAUCUUCUUUUGUUGUUUAUUGUCCUGAUUCAUCCCUCCACCUCGCUCGCAACCCCUCCUCCUAGAGCAGGUCCACCAUGCCGAUCAAGCUCAAGUUCGCGACCGCAAACAAGUCCGCUGCUCACCACCCUGACAACUUCGACCACCCUCCUGCUGACCCCGUCCCUCUCGAGCCCUCUGAUCGCGGUUUCUCCUUCGAGGCCUCGCCAACCGACGACAACCUCCAGGAUCACUAUGCCUCCUCCUCGAGACUGCACUCCUCCGCCCCUUCCCUGCGCGACUCCAGCUCGUCCACUAUCCCCUCCUCCAACGGCCCUCUCACUCCUCCUCUCCAUCACUCCCAGCGUGCCGACGACGUCUACAGUCACCCUUCUCUAGCCGACAACAUGCGCUCCGCAGACUCAAACCGCAACUCCCAGCACUUCUUCGACUCCGUCGUCUUCGAGCCGCCCCAGCCGUCAUACUUGUCCCAGCAAGACGACAUUCCAAUCGUCUCUCCUCCUGAAGCCGCAGCCUUCGUCGCCAGUCGCAAACGCGACUCGCGAGAUCUCGUCGCCGCCGCCAGCCCCGGCAUGAGCCCCGGCUUCAGUCCUGGUCUCUACGGCGCCGCCUCGGACGACGAGCUCCUGUCUAACGGUUUCCGUUCUCGCAAGCCCUCGUACUUUGGCGGCGACUCGCCGUCCUUUGAGAAUGGCUUUGCCUCCGCAACAAAUUCCACAGAUAUUCUCAACAAGCGGCUGCAAAGUCCCCCCGCGGCUCGGCAAGAGGCUAGCUCUUCCGUUGCAGACCUCACUCGAGGCAUAAGCUCGUUUCAGCUCGAAGGCGACGAUGACGAGGGCUCGCUCUCAGAUAGCUCAUUCACUGAAAACAACAGAUCCGCAGAGCAGACGCUGACGGCGAUGCACCCAAGUUACUCCCCCGGCAAGAACCCGCAGAUCAUGUUGCGCACAGCAACCGCGUCUUCCAUGGCCGAAUCCCCUACCGCUGCGUCUGCCGCGUCUGCGUCAACCGGAGUUGACGUUCCUAUCGAGGCAGUCGAAUUCAUGAAGCGUCAGCACAGACGCGAAACUGAAGAACCGACCAUUGAGCGAACGCUAAAAGAGAAUCGUCUGAUGACAGUGUCGGAGUUUGAAAACUAUCGGCGCGCCCAGGCAGAAGCUGCCAUGAACAACACCAACGACGAAAGAGAAGAUGGCGCUAGUUUCUACUCUGACGAGGACGCCGACGAAGAGGAGGACCAUGAAGGAUAUCUACCGACCGACGCCGAAAACGAAAAGAAAAUGGUGGCUCAGCGACUCAAGCAGCGCCAGGAAGCAAACCUGGCCGUGUAUCGCCAGCAGAUGCGCAAGGUGACCGGCCAGUCUUCAAACUUACCCCUGAAAUCGUCGAGCAUAGACGGCUCGCUUUCGCACGGCUUUGGCACUUUUGGCAGCAGGACUGGCAGUUUUAGCGGCGACGAUGACGGCGGUCUGAACGACGACGAGGGUGAUGAUGACGAUGACGAGGAAAUUCCGCUUGCUAUUCUACAAGCUCACGGCAUCCCCGGUCGCGGUCGUCAACCGCUCUCGCGUCCUGCCUCUGCUGCGAGAAUUGGCUCGGGUCAGUACGGCGCGCCAUUUGGACAGAACAUGAUGCAGGCGGGUGCGAUUCCUUCAUACCCACGCGGGAUGACGCUGCCCGAGCAACUCUACGAUCCUGCGCAAGACGCAUCGAUGAUGCACAGUGCGAACCAGUCCCGGGGCUUGAUCCACGAGAUCCAGCGCGAGCAAGAAGCCAAGAUCCAGCGGCGGACGAUGCUCAACAUGCAGAUGAACGGCCUUGGUCUGCAGGCUCAGCCGAUGAUGGAACGGCCGAUUUCCCCAUACAGACAGACACCGAGUGCGUACAUGCAACCACCUCCACAGCAAUUCCAGCAGCCCCAGUAUGGAUAUCCUGGAUACCCACAGCCAAGUCCGCCGCUCUCUGUUCAUCCAAACCAGCCACAGCCAAACCCUGCUGAUCCAACAGCGGCUCUUGGACCAGAACUGCAGAGCCAGAUGCAGAAACUUAUACAGAUGCAGAUGCAAAUGCAGAUGCAGAUGAUGCAACAGAUGAUCCAGGCUAGUAAUCCUUCCUACCAGCCUCCUCCCAUUCUCCAGCCGGUCGCUCCGACCAACGAAUUCUCACCACCGCAGGCCCCGUUCCUACAACAGCAACAGCAACGGCCAGCGUCGCCCGCGGCCAGUCUACGCACUUCCAACCAACAAUUCGCACAGCCUGCUGCGAACCCGGCCAGAUACCGCACUCUUUCCACUCAGCUCAGCAGUCCGAACCUCUCCGGUCUGGCCGAGCCUACUACUGCUGUUCCGCCCGUGCCGCACCCUCUUCCGCAGUCGCCGCAGCCGCCGCAGCCGCCGCAGCAAAGCCAGCUCCUCCCCCCGGUCGAAGUCGGCCCGCCUACCUCCGAGCUCGCGCAGGCCUCGAUCGAGCACGCCGAGACGGCCAGUCUGGCGGGCGACAAGGUGCUCAAGCCGUCGCCGCUGAUCAACAACUCGGCGCCUGAACUGGACAUGAGUCGUGGAGACGACGAGGCCGAGUGGGCGCGUAUACGGACACGGAAGGCGUCGUUGCGGAAGUUGUGGGAGAAAAAGAGCGGGGGCGCGCAGAAUGCUGAGCCGGUUGCUGCUGAGAUUGCGUGAGAAUAAAAGCUUUGGGAUUGAUGUGAGUUCU